CUUGUGCUUAAUAAGGUGCGAUAAUAAAAUAAAGAGAAAGGCUACGAAAUGAUUCAAAUAAUCUGGAUUUUCCUUCUUCUUCUACUAUCUGCAGCAAAAACAGGUUUUGGAACAUAUGCUGGACAGUCCACCAGUUUACAGAGAGUAAUUGAUAAGGAGAAACUCCAGCACCCUGACGGGUUAAGAAUCAAACUUGAUGAACUACUGAAAGCUAGAUAUGUUCUGGCACCUGAAACCGACAUCAAGCUUGAACCUGAUGCAGUGGUCCUCAAGGAGGUCCCUGGGGAGGUCGCCAGACCUGGACCUCAAGUUGGUAAAGGCACAAUAGAUGUUAAGGAGGAGGUCAAAGGAAGCAAACACAAGAAUAUUCCAUUUAAAUAUUCAGGGUCAAAAAUGAAAGCUGAGCUAACAAACCUAUCCCGAAGAAUCCUAAGCCAUAACAUCAACAAAUAGAUAAUUCAACAAACCCAAAACUCAAAUCAAAUGGAACGGGGUGGAAUGGGUUGAGAAUAAAGGAUGGAGUGGAAUAGGUUGAAAAUGACGGGAAUGGAAUGAGUUGGGAAUAAAGGGAGUGGAAUGAAUUUAGGAUAAAGGGAGUGGAACCAACUGUGGGUAAAGGGAGUGGAUUGAUAGUGAAUGGAGUGGAUUGGUGAAGAAGGGAGUGAAUUAAAAAUGAAAGGAGUGGAUUGAUGAUGGAAGGAGUGGAUUGAGGACGAAGGGAGUGGAAUAAAGAUGAAGGGAGUGGAUUGAGGAUAAAAAGAGUAAUUUUAGAAUGAAGGGAGUGGAUUUAGAAUGAAGGGAGUGAAUUGAGGAUGAAGGGAGUGGAUUCAAGAUGAAGGGAGUUGAUUGAGGAUAAAAACAGUGGAUUAAGAAUGAAGGGAGUGGAUUGAAGAUGAAGGAAGGGAGUGGAAUGAAGAUGAAGGGAGUGGAAUGAAGAUGAAGGAAGUGGAAUGAAGAUGAAGGGAGUUGAUUGAGGAUAAAAACAGUGGAUUGAGGAUGAAGGGAGUGAAUUGAUAACAAAGGGAUUGGAUAAAGGGAGUUCAGACCAGACAGACAGUGAAAUGAGGAUCAAAAUUUAAUCAAAAAUAAUUUUUUUCAUUUUCCAAAAGUGUGAAACGAUUAUCAAUUUCUUUAAUAUUAAAUAUUUGAAGUUAAUUUAAAGUAUAUUCAAUGGAAGCGUAUUAACUUCAUGUAAAGAAUAUAUUAUGAUUCAAUAUACAUUCCUCAAACGUG